AACACCGCCUCUGACAAACCUGGCCUACCCCUAAAUACAAUACGACACCUCACAAUUAACCAAACAUAUUCAUGUGCGUACGGAUUCGGAGUUAAAAAUUCGACGCAAAUCUACAGGAACCGCACAAUUCCUCUCUCCCCGCCACGAUGGCUCCCAGGACCCUCCUCCUUGCGCCUCCCUCGAUAUCUGCACACCCCGAAGUCCUAGACAGGGUCUAUGAGAUCCACCACCGCGAUGCUACCGAUCUUCAGAUGCUGGACCGUUUGGCGGCUGGCCUAGUUAAGCUCCCCGCCUCUACCUACGAUGUCGUACUACUCCUCACCGACGCUGACGGAACGAGUCGCGAGAGCCACAAAUUGCUCGGACGGGAUAUUAUGACAAAAGUUGCCGCGGCACUAAAAGCAGGAGGCGUGCUAAGAAGUCAGGACGGACUUUUCGGGGUUGUCGACGGUACUGAGAAGACGGAGGCGAUCCUAGCUGGAUUGAUGAAAGAGAGCGGAGAUGGGAUGGUCAAACUAAAGGACACCGAGGGCGAGGUCGUGAUGCUGCGGUUCGGAAAGAAGAAAGGCGCGACAAAUGGAACGAACGGCACAAAGGGCACAACCAACGGCACUGUACCGCUGGCGCUGAAUGGCAAGCGAAAAGAGAUCUCUUCUGGCCCUGUCAAGCCGGCUGGUGUUGGCUUUGUGGACUUUAGCGAUGAUUUCGACGAUCCGAUCAUAACAGGCGAAGACGAUGAUGACCUGAUUGAUGAGGAUGAUCUUAUCACGGAAGCGGAUAUGGCAAGGCCCGUCAUGCAACCCCCAGAAUGCCAACCUAAAGCCGGAAAACGCCGGCGAGCCUGCAAAGACUGCACAUGUGGAAUGAAGGAGAAACUCGAGGCCGAAGACGCAGCCAAGAGGGCGGAGGCAGAUAAAGCCCUCCAAACCAUGAAGCUAGGUGCGGACGAUCUAGACGAAGUGGACUUCACAGUUCAAGGCAAGGUUGGCAGCUGUGGUAACUGCGCUCUUGGAGAUGCAUUCAGGUGUGAUGGAUGCCCGUACAUUGGACUUCCAGCGUUCAAGCCUGGUGAGGAAGUUCGGUUGCUCAACAACGACAUUCAAUUGUGAGCUGGCUUGCUAGAUCGGAUUGAUCGUCUUCAAGUAGAUACUUCGGCGGGGGGGAGAUGCUGGCGCCAAGAAGAAAACACUACAUAUCAAUGAAUAAAAUCUCUCUCUGUCACCGGAC